AUGCGAUGGCCUCAAGCCCAGGUGUUCGAGCUGCACCUCCCGCGAGGUCGAGUGCAGCUAUGCAGCGACCCGGAGGAUGAGAGGUCCGAACAAGAGAGAAUUAGGAAAAAGCUGGACCGAAGCAAUCGGAAGUCUGCGGCGGAUAGUGUCCUUUCAGGAGGCUGCUCCUUUGCACCCAUUCCUCCUCGCGACAUCAUCAGGCCCCUGGUCCAGCAACAAUUCGAAAACGUCAUGGGAGAUUAUCCAAUAGUUGACAAGUCUACAAUUCUCGCGCUUCUAGAUGCUCAGUACGGCGUGGCAGCUUCUGGCCUGAUGAGAGAAGUGUCCAGCUUCGCGGCGGUCAAUGCUGUCAUCGCCCUGGCCAUCCAUGCGGGCGAGCUAGCGGUCGAUGCCGUCGCAGCCACAUCGCAAGAUUUUUACAGGAAUGCUGCUUUGACGAUUCCGGACAUGAUAUCAAGUGAGCCGACACUCCUUUCGGUGCGCGCGCUGCUUGCAAUGGCUAUGCUUGCACGAAAUCUGUCGAAGGCGCCGGCCUUCUAUAUGCUAGCUGCCACUGCAUCACGGCAGCUAGGGUUGCUGCAACUGAGAUACCCGGAGCAGUUUCGAGAAUCAGGCUCUCCUCAGCGGCUGGAGUACUGGAAGCUGUACAGAAUCGCCUGCACCUUUGAAGAGUUGUCAUCCUCGGCGGCGCGGUCCUGA